UGCAUGCUGUUAGGCGAAGUGAACUAAAUAAUGGCUUCUAAACCAGGAAUUCUCACUGAUUGGCCAUGGAAGCCUCUCGGCAACUUCAAGUAUAUAGUUUUGGCUCCCUGGGUUAUUCACAGCAUAUACUCAUUCAUAGUGAAGGAUGAGAAGGAGAAAGACCUCUCAACCUUGCUCUUAUUCCCACUUAUUAUAUGGCGAUUUCUUCACAAUCAGAUAUGGAUUAGUCUCUCUCGUUUCAGGACAGCCAAAGGCAGCAAUAGAAUCCUUGAGAAGUCCAUUGAAUUUGAACAAGUUGACAGAGAAACAAAUUGGGAUGACCAAAUAUUGUUCAAUGGAUCCCUAAUAUAUGUUUUCAGCAAGACACUUCCCGGGGGAACUCACGUGCCAAUCUGGAGAUUAGAUGGUGUAAUUCUCACUAUUCUAUUACAUGCUGGUCCAGUGGAGUUUCUUUACUACUGGUUUCACAGAGCCCUUCAUCACCAUUAUCUUUACUCUCUCUACCAUUCUCAUCACCAUUCCUCCAUUGUCACUGAGCCCAUCACCUCUGUGAUUCAUCCAUUUGCAGAGCACGUAGUCUAUUCCAUUCUAUUCUCAAUACCGAUUUUUACAACAAUCUUCACUUGUACUGGUUCCGUGGUAUCUGUCUUUGGUUACAUUACUUACAUCGACUUCAUGAAUAACAUGGGACACUGUAAUUUCGAGUUCAUUCCCAAGUGGCUUUUCUCCAUUUUUCCACCUCUCAAGUUCCUCAUGUACACUCCUUCGUUCCACUCCCUUCACCAUACACAGUUCAGAACCAACUACUCAUUAUUCAUGCCUCUAUAUGAUUUUAUAUAUGGUUCCAUGGACAAAUCUUCAGAAUCAUUAUAUGAAGAUUCAUUGAAGAAGAAAGAAGAAUUCCCUGAUCUAGUGUAUCUAACCCACUUGACAACUCCCGAAUCAAUCUAUCAUCUACGGCUAGGAUUUGCUUCCAUGGCAGCUCAGCCUCAAUCAUCAUCGUCAAAAUGGUAUAUAUGGUUGAUGUUUCCUGUGACCUUAUGCUCCAUGAUGCUCACUUGGAUUUGUGGUACUUCUUUUGUGGUUGAGAGGAACCGUUUUAGUGACUUCAAAUUGCAAACUUGGGCCAUACCUAAGUACUGUUUUCAAUACUUCUUGCAAUGGCAAAGUGAAUCAAUCAAUAGCUCGAUUGAAAAGGCCAUACUAGAAGCAGAGAAAAAGGGUGCUAAAGUAUUAAGCCUAGGACUCUUGAAUCAAAUUGAAGAGAAGAUAAUGGUCAUGAUUUUUGGGAUUUUGGCAGGGGUGGUUGGGAGCUUGUUCGAGUUUCUAAAUUUGGUGUUUGAGAGAGAAAUCAAGUGGAAAUUCGAAUAG